AGCUGUCAGUUCGCAUCUGACAGCCCCGUGAAGUAGGUGUCCCCAAAAUUAAGCUCUUACUCCCCCGGAAAAAAGCUGCGAUGUGUUCCCGCUGGAUACACAGUUGAAAAAGAUUUCGAUCAAUUAUUUUUUUUGUUGUUCUCUCUCGUCUGGUCAUAUUUUUGUUUAACAUUUAUUUUAGUUGUGUGGGGUUACUGAGAGAGUCACACAACGAGCGGGUCAGGUUGUAAAAUAAUGCUACCGCGAUCGACGACCGAGGAGUGUUUGAAAUUGUGCAGCCGUCGUCGUUUGACUUGUGGAAAGUGUCCCAUAGAAAGCUCCCCUACAAUUCCAAGUUCAUCGGGGGAUCACAUAUUUCGGUGCCAGUAAAUCGAACCGAUGAUUAGCAGGAUUUAUCUUGCAAAAAAAAUCGCCCCAAAAUCGAUUCAAACCAACAAAAAAAAAUUAAAUACAAAAAAUAAGAUAUAUUUUUUUUUGGUGGAGAAAACGGAGUGGAGAAGAGUUUAAUCUACGACAUUUUUACUACAACCUACUACUAUUUUGGAGUUGUGCGCUGUGAGAAAAGUGUUUUUAUUAUGGUCUUGGUGAAAAUUCUCGGUUUGGUCGUGUGCGCGUUUGCGGCUUUCAACGAAAACGGCGUCGAGGCAACGUAUCAACGCUCCAACCCCGUUUAUACCAACGAAUUUGCCGUUCAUAUACCCGAAGGUAACGAUGUCGCUGAUGAAAUCGCUUCAAAACACGGUUUCGUCAAUCGUGGACAGGUGGGAAGUUUAAGAGGAUUUUAUUUAUUCGAACACUCUCGUGUUCAUAAAAGAUCGGCGGAUUUAAACGAUUUUUAUUAUCAAUCGUUAGAUGACGAACCAAGGGUGCACUGGGUACAACAACAGCACGAAAAGAAACGUCGAAAACGCGAUUAUUCCCACCUGGAUAACCCCCCGCCGUUUCUACAAUACUUUGGAGCAUUAACUGGCGCCGGAAAACGCGGACACGCAAGUUACAGAGCUUCGGGACUCUCUGAAUUUUCGGAUCCUUUAUUCAAAGAACAAUGGUACCUGAAUGGUGGUGCUAAAGAUGGAUUAGAUAUGAACGUUGAACCGGCUUGGAAAAAAGGUUACACCGGAAAAGGCAUUGUAGUAUCAAUAUUAGAUGACGGAAUCCAAACGAACCAUCCGGAUCUUGUACAAAACUAUGAUCCGCUCGCCAGUACAGACAUCAACGGGAACGACAACGAUCCGAUGCCCCAGGACAACGGCGACAAUAAACACGGCACUAGGUGUGCAGGCGAAGUUGCCGCCGUUGCAUUUAACCAAUAUUGUGGUAUUGGUAUUGCUUAUAAUGCUAGUAUUGGAGGGGUUAGAAUGUUGGAUGGGAUUGUGAACGAUGCGGUUGAAGCGAAAGCUUUAGGAUUAAACCCGGAACACAUAGAUAUCUAUAGUGCUUCGUGGGGUCCGGAAGAUGAUGGAAAAACGGUCGAUGGGCCAGGUCCUCUUGCUAGAAGGGCUUUUAUCUAUGGAGUGACCAGCGGGCGAAAAGGAAAAGGAUCUAUAUUUGUUUGGGCUUCGGGAAAUGGAGGCAGACACACGGAUUCGUGCAACUGUGAUGGAUACACUAAUAGUAUUUUCACCCUUAGUAUAUCGAGUGCCACACAAGGAGGAUAUAAACCUUGGUAUUUAGAAGAAUGUUCUUCAACUUUAGCAACAACUUAUAGUUCAGGAACUCCUGGUCACGAUAAAAGCAUUGCGACUGUUGAUAUGGACGCUAGAUUACGUCCGGAUCAUAUUUGUACAGUAGAACACACCGGAACUUCCGCAUCGGCGCCUUUAGCAGCCGGGAUAUGCGCCUUGGCUUUAGAAGCAAAUCCAAAUUUAACAUGGCGUGAUAUGCAAUACUUAGUAGUUUUAACAUCUCGCUCAGCCCCCUUAGAAAAAGAAGCCGGAUGGAUAACGAACGGAGUCAAAAGAAAAGUUAGUCAUAAAUUUGGUUAUGGAUUAAUGGACGCAGCCGCUAUGGUUAAUUUAGCGGAAAUGUGGAUUUCAGUUCCACCUCAACACAUUUGUAAAUCUCAAGAAUUAUUAGAAGACCGCCAAAUUGAUUCAUCAUCAAAAUACACUUUAACUUUACACAUGGAUGUUAGUGCUUGUAAAGGAACUUUAAACGAAGUUGUUUUCUUAGAACACGUUCAGUGUAAAAUCUCGUUGCGAUUUUUCCCAAGAGGGAAUUUAAAGAUAAUGUUAACAUCUCCUAUGGGAACCACAUCGACGUUAUUAUUUGAAAGACCGCGAGAUGUUGUCUCAUCGAAUUUUGAUGAUUGGCCAUUUUUGAGCGUUCAUUUUUGGGGCGAAACAGCCGUGGGUAGAUGGACUUUACAAAUAGUGAACUCCGGUAAUCGACAAGUAGAUCGACCAGGAAUUUUAAAAAAAUGGCAAUUAAUCUUUUAUGGGACGCAAGUAAAUCCGAUCCGAUUAAAACAACCAAAUUCAGUUCCAUAUAAAUCGAUUAAAAAUUUAGAUGUACCCUCGUUAUCCCCGUUUUUCGUUCGCGAUCAACAAACUCAACAACCCAUUGUUACCGAUAAUUUAUACAACAGUGAUGUAUAUCGAGGAUUUAAUAAUUUCCAAAAUGUUUAUAGCUUCUCCGGAUCGGACCCAGAAGAAAGUAUUACCUCUUUGGAUGGUAAAAAAACGAUUGUUAGAAAUAAUAAUAAUGUCAUUGAAUUUGAAGAGGAUGAACAUAAAGAUAAUUGUCAUGAACAGUGUGAUGGGCAGGGUUGUUUCGGAAAAGGUGCUGAAAAAUGUAUUGCAUGCAGAAAUAAUCGAAUGGAUAAAACUUGUGUUAGUGUUUGCCCACCAAGAAGUUAUUCAGAUCGAGAUAGAGUUUGCCAACCUUGUCAUGAAUCUUGUUUUACGUGCUCGGGACCAACCCAACAACAUUGCCAAACAUGCUCACCUGGUUAUGUUCAUGUUAUCGAUCUAAAUGUUUGCUUGCAACAAUGCCCAGAAGGAUAUUAUGAAGAUGUAAGGAAUAAAAGAUGUAUUCCAUGUCAACCAAAUUGUAGAAGUUGCCAAGAACGCCCCGAUGAUUGUCUCAGUUGCGAACGCCACUUAGUAUUAUACCAAAAUAAGUGCCUAGCAUCCUGUCCACCAAAAACUUUUGAAACUGAAGAUUAUACGUGUGCACCUUGUCAUAGAACGUGUGAAACGUGUACAGGAUCAAAUAGUUCCCAAUGCGUUAAUUGUGGGCAUGAUCGUUUCUGGUUAAAAGGAAGUUGCGAGGAAAAAUGUCCUGAUAAACAUUAUUCCGAUCCAGUUCAACGAGAAUGUGUUGAAUGCCCCAAUGGAUGUACAGAAUGUAAUCGCACGAAUUGUUUGGUGUGUUUGAAAGGGUGGGAACUUAAUGGUAAAGGACGAUGUGUGCCGAAUGAGAUUGAAAGUCAAAAAUGUGAUCCUGAUGAAUACAAAGAUGGAACAUUUUGUAAACCUUGUCACUCAACGUGUGAAACAUGCGAUGGUCCAACAGAAGAUGCUUGCCUUUCCUGUGUAGACCCCCUACUUUUAGAAGGAACUCAUUGCGUAUCUCAAUGCAACAAAGGUUUUUACCGAGACACUCCCACCAGUAAAAAUUGCAUCCCAUGCGUUCACACCUGCUCGGAAUGUUGGUCUAAAAACAAUUGUACGGAAUGUACAAAAGGAUUGUUAUUACAAAACGGGCGGUGUUUGGUAGCAUGUGCCGAUGGUUAUUACAGCGAUCGCGACGUUUGCACACGAUGCCAUCUUAGUUGUGAAACCUGUAGUGGCCCCGGAAGUGAUCAAUGCGUUACUUGUCCCGCGGGGUGGGAAUUUGCAGCCGGGGCGUGCUUACCUGAUUGUCCCGACGGGUUUUACAAGACUGAUUAUGGUUGUCAAAAGUGUCAUGUAACGUGUAAAGAUUGUUUUGGUUGUAAUGUUCAAAUGGCGAGUCGUAAAAGUGAUGAUGCGGUGAGCGUUGAGGCGUAUUUAGUGUCGUCGGAGCCCGUGUCUUCGACGCUUCAAGUGAUACAUCCGUUUGUCUUUAUUAUUGGGACGACGAUAUUUAUUUGUUUGUGUAUAGUUUUGAUUGUAGUUAUGUUGGUUUUACAGAGAGGAAAUGAUAAUGUACCUUCGAAUGAAUAUAGCAGGAUUUCAAUAAAAAAACCAAAGGUGACUUGUAACUACAAUAUUUUACCUGCGAGCGAUGCCGAUGAAUCUUCUGAUACAGAUAGCGGGGAGGUUGAGAGGAGAAAAACGAAGCCACCAAAUAAUAAAUCUGAUUGUUAGGGGGAAAAAUAAUUAAGGAUAUUUAAGAAAAAUAAAAAAAUACAAAGAUAAAAAUGAUGUAGCAACAACAAAAACAACAACAACGUGUGUAUAUACAUUUAUACAUAAUUGUAAAGCUGUAGGUAAUUGUUUUUCAAGUCGGUUAAACAAAAAAAAAAAAAAGAAACAGGUAUUUGAAUUAAAAAAUAUGA